AUGGGCAGGCCUCAGGAUAGACGACAAUGCGAGACACUAGCUCGCAAAGAUGCAACUAGGGGCCCAAUGGCGAGCGAAGCACGCAAAUUGAUCUAUGAGAAGGAUUUUGCUGUUGGCAGUGCACCUGUCGAACACAUUCUAAAAGAACAGUCCUGGGUGCCGACCUCGAACAGCUUUUCAGAUCAUCUCGGUCCAUUGGGUUUUAAUAUUUUCCGUGUGCUUGUUGUAGAUCUGCUGCACGAGUUUGAGAUUGGGGUCUGGAAGUCACUUUUUAUUCACUUAUUAUGUAUUAUUGUUGCGCAGGACAGAAGUCUUGUCCAUGUUUUGGAUCACAGGUACCGAGAAACUGCAAUGUUCGGUCAAGAUACCAUCCGAAAAUUUGCGGCUAAUUCUUCAGAGAUGAAACAGAUGGCAGCUCGCAAUUUUGAAGAUCUCCUGCAGUGUUCCAUCCCUGUCUUCGACGGGCUCCUACCCGAACCACACAAUACAAUUGUUCUCAAGUUACUAUUCAACAUGUUGCAUUGGCAUGGGCUGGCCAAGCUGCGUAUGCAUUCUGAUCUAACCCUAGAUAUCAUGGAUCAAGUCACUACAACACUUGGCUAUCAAUUCCACGACUUCAAUAUGCACGUUUGCUGUGCUUAUGAUACCCGCGAACUUCGUCAGGAGGUCGAAGCGCGCAACAGACAAUGUGUCAAACAGGCGGUAAAAUCUUCUGCGACGCAGAAGGGUAAGCAGACUGCUCGCGCUGGGAAGCAGAGGGCAAUGUCUGAGGAAGAUCAUCCUGCUAAACCUGCUAAAAGUGUGCACCACACAAAGUUGUUCAAUUUUCAGACCUACAAGUUCCAUGCCUUAGGUGACUAUGUAGCAACGAUCCGCCAGUAUGGUACAUGUGAUUCAUUCAGCACCGAACCGGGUGAACUCAAACACCAUUCACCAAAGGCCAGGUAUUGUCGUACGGAUCGUAAGCUAUUUAUCAAACAGCUCGCUCGAAUUGAACGUCGUCAGGCCCGUAUUCAUCGUAUCACAUACAGAGUUUCUGUACACCCUCAUAUCGAAGUUGCAGAGUUGGCGACAAGUCCACAUGUUCACCACCACAUCGGCCUAUCACAGCUGUCGCCUGUACACAUCGGAUCCGUCUUGCGCACACAUCAAGGGGACCCAGCCAUUAAGAACUUUACUCCCAAACUUAAAGAUCACCUUUUACAUCGCAUCAAAAAAUUGAGUCUUGUUCCCGCGUCCAGAGAUGAAAUGGACAUAGACAGGAUCAUUCUGAAGGACGAUCGGAUGUAUCAUCACAAUGUUGCAAGGUUCAAUUAUACUUCGUACGACAUUCGAAGAGCUCAGGAUGUCAUCAAUCCACGGACGACACACUGUAACGUACUUGGAAUAUAUCAUGUAAAUGUAAUCUACAUUGGAGCUGGUUUUGUCGACUACACUCCAACUCAAAUGGAGUUCCUAUGGGUUCGAUGGUAUGAACCCAUGGAUGAGCUCUCCGGUUGGGAAAACUUGACUCUAGACCGAGUUAGCUUUCUGUCUUUGGUGGGCGAGCACUCGUUUGACUUCCUGGAUCUGGCGGAUGUCCUCAGGGGCAGCCAUAUCAUUCCUUCUUUUCACAAUCGCAGGAAACACCCUGAUGGAUUGGGUUUGUCAGCAUGUGCGCAGGAUAAAUAUGAUUGGUUUGUGGACCGCGACAUGUUGAUGUGUUUCCAUUAUGGUCUUGGAGUUGGACAUGUAUACUCACAUCAUCAAUCCUCACUCACUGAGUCUCAACGAGGCAGCCCCAGCACAGAAGAAGUUGUAGAUGAUGUUGAAAGCUCUAUGGAUGACGGGACGUCUGUUGAAGAUGAAGAUGAAGAUCCGAAUAUACAAGACGGCGAACUCGAGUUCGGUUCAAGUAGAGAAUCGCUGGGAAGCGAAUUUGAUGGAAUGUACGGCAGUGACAUAGAGCUAGAUUACGAAAACUAG